AUGCCUAAGGAGAAGACAACUCGCAAGACCAAGGCCCGUGGUGAAGGCGGCCGCAGGAAGAAGGGUAAGUCGGUCUUCGCAAAAUCAGCUCUGGAAGAAUCCACGCCAUGGCUAAUCUCCCCUCCCAUCACAGACCCCAACGCCCCCAAGCGCGGUCUCUCUGCCUACAUGUUCUUUGCCAACGAGAACCGUGAGCGCGUCCGAGAGGAGAACCCUGGCAUCGGCUUUGGUCCCCUUGGGCGCAAGCUCGGUGAGCUCUGGAAAGGGUUGAGUGACUCCGAGCGCAAGCCUUACGAAGACAAGGCUGCUGCCGAUAAGAAACGUUAUGAGGAUGAGAAGGCCAGCUAUAUGGCUGGUGAGGACGAUGAAGAGUCUGCCUAG